GCUUAAUGCAGUCACAAUGGUAAUCCCUUCACGAGACAAACGUGUACUCCUCAAUUCUCCACAUAAUAUAAGCACCAAACUCACCACCUUCCUUUCUUAUAGCUGAUCAUCCCCAAUGGCAGAGCCACAAGGCCAGGGCACAUCGGAAACUCGACGGAAAGGCGGUCUUGGCAAACGUGCUGUAGCGUCACCGGAGGCUGACCAGGCUAUGGUAGCUGCAUCUGGCCCCCCAUCUACACCAUGCGGAGCGUGCAAGUUCUUGAGGAGGAAGUGUAUUACCGGAUGCAUCUUUGCACCACACUUUGGUUCGGACCAGGGUGCAGCCCGGUUUGCAGCGGUUCACAAGGUUUUUGGGGCAAGUAACGUGUCUAAGCUCUUGCAGCACAUCCCACUGAACCGGCGGCACGACGCGGUGGUCACGAUAUCAUACGAAGCUCAGGCCAGGCUGUCGGACCCGGUUUACGGUUGUGUCUCCACUAUUAUUGCUUUGCAACAACAGGUGGCGUCGCUGCAGGCAGAGCUGGCGGUGGUGCAGAACCAGCUGAUGAACAGUCGGUUAGCCAUGGCAAAUGCCCUUAACUCGCAGCAGCUGCAGCAGCAACACCAGCAGCAGAUGGCAGUGCUACAGCCGGCGUACUCGAAUAAUUCAUCAGCUUCCAACGAUAUGCUCAACAUGAGCAACUUCACCUCAAGUUUUGAUUUUGUAGCAGAUACAGGGCCGUCUUCACAGAGUUUGGAGCCUCUUCCGCUGUCCCGCCCGGCCCAGGAGGAGGAGGAUGAUGAGGAAGAGAGCAAGACUCCGGGCAUUUUCCCGGAUGAGAUACUUCGUCGGAGAUAAUUAAUUAAACUCUAUUAAUUUUAAUUUAGUUGAUCUUCCUCCGCAUACUAGGUUAGCUAGCUUGUGCUCUUGACCAUUCAUAGAGAAUUAAAAUUUAUGUUUCUCUUUAAAUUCAUGUGAGGUGCUUUUAAUUAUAGAACAUUAAUUUAGUUUUCGUAAUUAACACUGAUUAGUUUA